GCUUUUGUUUGGUAAAGUGUUCUUAUUAUACCUCCUAGCAUCGGCAGCAUAAGUUUGCACCGCAAUCGCAGUGUUUGAUUCGAAUUAUCUUUCUUUGAUAGUAAAGUAUUUUUUUUUGUUUUAUUUGUGUGAAACAAGUUCGCCGUAGUUUUUGAAAUCAGUGAAUCAAAAGUUUCUAAAGGUUAUUUUUUUGUAAAAAAAAACAGACUACUAAAUUUCACACCCAGAAAUUUCCAGACUGUACAAAUAUUCAGAAGAAAAAAACUUGAUCGAUAUGACAAACAUCGCCCAGCAGCACGACGUUGUGAAGAACAGCUUUUUCCACUUCAUCAACACCCACAUCCCGGGGGCAGAUCUGUCCAUUGUGGAUGAUAUUGUUCUGUCGUAUGUUAUUUCCAUUCUGGAGGAGGCCUCCCAGGAUCCAUGCUUCGAUGUUGAAGGCUUCAUCGAGAUGAUGUCGGCGUACUUCGACGACUUUGCCAACAUCGAGCCAGCCACCGUCUGCUCGUGGAUAUUCCAGCUCGAGAGUCAGCUGUCGGCCAAGCACAAAGAAACCGGUGGUGGCGGUUCUGGAGAUGGGCCAAACCUUUCACUGAACUCGCUUAGCCUUGCCGAUAUUCUGCCCGAGGAGAAGCUACGCGGGCGUCAAUCUUCGCUCUCGGAGAGCGAUCAUGCCGCGAACGGAGGCGGCGGUGGAAACGCGCCCAAGCGCGUCCAGCAUCUGUCCGAAACGAGCGAUGCCGGUUCGACCGAUAGCUCCAAUUGUGAUCUGUUCGCCGAGGAGUGCGAGGUACUACAGGAAAUGUUCCCGGAAAGCUCGCUCAUUGAGGUUAAGCAUUGUAUUCUGAUUGCCAACGGAGACAUUGAUCGCGCGACCCAGAUUUUGCUUCAUCGCCAAGAAGCUGGUCAAAGCCUGAAGGGGAAUCCGAGCAAUGUGCAGCCCAACAAGGCGCUUCCGCAAAUCGACGAGACUGAGCUUAAGAAUAGGAUCAUUUCUAGAUAUUCAUACGUCGACAAGGAGGAUCAUCGUGAGUACAAGCCGGUGGCUCCAAAGGUCGAGCCAAAAAAGUUGAUUCGCUACCGGGAUAAUAAAAUUGUAUCGCUCAAGGGAGAACGUUACACAGAAGUUUCGCGUCGCGGUGGCGAUGAAGAGACCGAGCUUAAAAAGCCAAAGAAACCGAUUUGUCCGUAACUAAAAUGGACCCUGCUGCUGAUGCUGUUCACAGCCACUACAAUAGCUACAGUUAUACAAAGUUGUACCCGUGAAGAGCUGCAACGCCAACCCAAAAUUGUAUUGUUCGUCGUGUACGUAGUCAUCGUUCCACUCUACAUCGUGAUCCCCUCAGUUAGAAUCUACAAUAGCCGAAAACGCCAGCAGCAAAAUCAACAACAAUGCGAAUGUUUUGAAGGAGAUCGCCCGAUCGCGACUAGCAUCGUCUGCAGCCUCGAAUCCUCAAAUCUCGCUCCUACUACGAUCCUCCGCCGGAAUGUGUUUAUCUCGCUUGGCCACUGGAGCUUAACCGAACCCAUUCCCACUAACCAUACGAAUUUCUUUAUAAGACUUGACAUAGUUAACGUCCUUUUGAUAUUGAUCGCUUUGCUAUCCAACCCUAUUGAACAAGAGACUGGAAGAGGAAUAGUAAUCUCAUUUUAUAGUUUUGAUACAGGUUUAGUUUUAGAUAACACUAAGCAUUUUAAUAAGUUAUGCGUUUUAUUUAUUUUACAAAUAUUUUUGUACUUAUUAUUUUCCAUUAUUCCUAGUUUAGUUUUUGUUAGCUGUAAGCACAUUUUACCGCGACGUAUUAUUAAUCACAUUUAUUCACAAAUACACAACUAUCAGUUUAACUUUGGUUUGCCAUCAUGAUUUUAUCCGAAAUUCUCUUUAUAGUCUUUAUUAGUUGUUCUAGUUAUUUUAAGACGGUCUUUAAUUAAAUUAUAACACUUUACUUUCAUGAACAGUAUCGUGAAUGAGAGACUCAGUACCAAGUACUUUAUACGUAGGUAACAAACGAUGUUUAUAACCCCUCCCUUUACGAAAACCCCCAAAAAAGUGUCAAAUUUGAUAUUGUGAUCACCUUAGGCACUUCAAAUUAUCCACGCAAAAAGCAAUUUUUUAAAAUACGCUGUGUUUUUUAAAACAAUGGGUUUCCCCCCACAAAAUACCACCGUGAACGAGACGCCUUUUCUUUCGACUCACACAAUUCAACCCAUUCAGCUCAGAGAUCAACUCCGGUUCUUCCCCGGAACUAGUCGGUGUAGCGCGCGGAAGGGCGAACCCUCAACAGUGCAGACAGAAUAUCGAUACCCGAGAGAACGGCAACAAUUCAGCAAACCUAACGAAUCAAACAUAAUAUGUGGACGUGUAGAGUAGUAAUCAUGAGCAGAACUUUAAAGAAUAAAAUGUAUUGAAAAAUCUGCAUCAGCA